UUCGGCCGGCUCGGAAAGACACUCUGUAAGCUCUUCUUCCGCAGCUAACCGCAGCUUACGCACUCCGCGAGCUCUGAGGCGUCCAGUCUCCGCUCCUCUCACCGUAGGCCUUGACGACAUGAGCAACAAAGAAGGAUCAGGAGGGUUCAGGAAAAGGAAGCAUGACAAUUUCCCACAUAACCAGAGAAGAGAAGGGAAGGAUGUUAACUCAUCUUCACCUGUGAUGUUGGCCUUCAAAUCAUUUCAGCAGGAACUUGAUGCAAGACACGACAAAUAUGAAAGACUUGUGAAACUGAGUCGAGAUAUAACUGUUGAAAGUAAAAGGACAAUUUUUCUCCUCCAUAGGAUUACAAGUGCUCCUGAUAUGGAAGAAAUAUUGAUUGAAUCAGACAUAAAAUUGGAUGGUGUCAGACAAAAGAUACUGCAGGUAGCCCAAGAACUCUCAGGGGAAGACAUGCAUCAGUUCCAUAGAGCCAUUACUACAGGACUGCAGGAAUAUGUGGAGGCUGUCUCUUUCCAACACUUCAUCAAAACACGGUCAUUAAUAAGUAUGGAUGAAAUUAAUAAACAGUUGAUAUUCACAACAGAAGACAAUGGGAAAGAAAAUAAGACCCCCUCCUCUGAUGCACAGGAUAAGCAGUUUGGUACUUGGAGACUGAAAAUCACACCUGUUGAUUACCUUCUGGGAGUGGCUGAUUUAACUGGAGAGUUGAUGCGGAUGUGUAUUAACAGUGUGGGGAAUGGGGACAUUGACACUCCCUUUGAAGUGAGCCAGUUUUUAAGGCAGGUGUAUGAUGGGUUUUCAUUCAUUGGCAACACUGGGCCUUAUGAGGUUUCUAAGAAGCUGUAUACCUUGAAACAAAGUUUGGCUAAAGUAGAGAAUGCUUGUUAUGCCUUGAAAGUCAGAGGUUCAGAAAUUCCAAAACAUAUGCUGGCAGAUGUUUUUUCAGUUAAAACAGAAAUGAUUGAUCAAGAAGAGGGCAUUUCCUAGAAGAUUAAUCAGCUGUUAUUCUCUUGAGAACCCCUAAGAGAGACCAAUUUGUAAGACUGUUAUUUAGUAUUUCAUUUGACUUUAUUGUGACUUUUACAUGGAGUGUUUUCAGUUGUACCUGUUUUAAAUGGUGUACAAGUUGUACAUAAAACUAUCAAAGGGAAUCAUUUCAUAUAUGUUACUCAUGAAAGUGUGCAUACAAAUAUUUGUGUAUAUGCCUAUUUGAAUUUUGGCUAGUUAACUCAUCAUUUAUCUUUAUAAUGUGAACGUGCUUCAGAGUGCACUUUCUCCCAAACCUAUUUUAAGUUGUGUGAAUUUGGAGUAGUAAGAUUUAGUGGAAGCCACUUAUAAUUUAAAUUGGUGAUUUUGUUAUAUAUAGAGAUUUCUUAUGCAUCUGGACUUCUGCUUCCGUUUAAAUUUCUUGCUGAUAUUGUGGCAAGCCUCCAAAGUAGGUUUAUUUCAUAGAACAAAAAUUAAAAGUUAAAGAUUUGUCAUUUUAAUUUUACACGGUUACUAUAGUGAGAAUCCAUAUUAUAUUCUGGCAAAUUUAAGGACAUAUUGAGUCAUCUGAAACAGCUUUCCAGAAAAAAUGUGAUACUCAAAUGUUAGUUUCUCAAUUUAAUUUUUAUCAUUUAUAACAGAAAAUCUGAUAGAGAAUUGGAGCUAACAUUGUAAUGUUUUCGGUGGUGUUUGAAUUGAAUUAUAUAAUUGCACAUACAACUGAAAAGCUUUAGUAAUAAUUAUUUAGCAGUAUUUUUGUUGUCAUUUUACAUUAGGCAUAUUUGGAAGCUUUCCUGUUCUAGCAUCUAUAAGAAAUUAGAUUUAAGUAAUUAGAAUGAAGUUUUGAAGUUUUUGAGCUAAGUUAAUCUAAACCUUUAAAAGUCGACCGAUUGUGUUAAUAGUACAAAAAGUUGCCAAAGAAAAUUUACCAUGUACAAUUCAGCAAUAAGAUAGUUGUCCACAUUGUUGGGAAUAUUAGUAGUCUCUAGUAAUUUAGAAUUGGGCUUUAUCUGCUGAAAUUAGUUCUAGAUUAUUCCCUGCGAUGUAAAACUGAUUUGAGCAUGACCUGUUGGCUACCAUGAUACUUCCUUUUGUGAGUUUUGAAAAUCUAGAUACUGAAUUUUAUAUUUGGAAAGAUUAACUGCUCUGUUUGCAAGAGCAGAUUCUUUGAAAGUGUAAUUUUCCAAAAAAUAACACUUAAAGGAAAAUAAAACAUAGACAUGCCUAAUAAAGUAGGUUGGUUGGUUGUUUUGGUGAUGGUGUGUUUUUUAAUUUGGGUUUCCUUAUUCUAAGACAUACUGCUGAAAUAUUGUCUGUCUCAUUACAUAUUUUUGUUUCUUUGUCACUUAAAUUUAUAAUGUUACAGUAAAAUAAUGGAUUAAUAAAUGUUUUAUAGAUGCUUAAAAUUGAAUCUUCU